AUGAAAAAUCAGAGACUUAUCAGCAAAACUCUCAUUGUCAUGAUGUAUCAACAGUAUGGCGUAUUUUUUCCGAAAAAGAUAGUCCAUCAAGGUGUGUGGGUCACUAGUAGCCGUAUCCGCCACCUAAAAGCUAGUGGUGGUCAACCGGCUACUAGUGAGAUCCACUCAGAGGCUGGACCCGAACUCCGAACACCGCCUGUCCACGUGUUUCAGGUAGGUUUCGGAGUAGACGCUACGCGUUCGGUCCUCGUAUCUGCAAGAAAUGGAAAUAAUGGACGAAUGAUUUUUUUCAAGUACUGCCUGCAGAAACUAUUGAUUAGUCCUCCAUGUUUGUGUGGUCGCUAA